GUGACUCGACUGACUUAACCCUAUAUAUCAUCAUCCCUUUGUUCAAAAAAAAUUUAGUUUCCUCUCCUCUUUACAAUCUGUGUGCACAAUAUAUAAAUAGAUAAAUAGUAUAUGUCAUACUACCAGCGGUUAGAAGAAAUGAAUUACAUGGCGGAAGAGGCAGAAAUGGUUGAUUUCGUUGACGAAAUGAAUGGAGGAGCAGCCGCCGCCGCUGGUGGUGUAGAAGAUGUUGAAGCUGAUGAAUAUGAGUUGAUUACCAAGGUUACGGAUACCUCAUCUGGGCAAGCCAGAAACGGGCAGGACAUACAGGGUAUUCCCUGGGAAAGAUUGAAUAUAAGCAGGGAAAAUUACAGAUCUACGAGGCUUGAGCAGUACAAGAAUUAUGAGAACAUCCCCUUAUCUGGCGAAGCUGUCGAUAAGGAGUGCAAACAAAUGGAGAAGGGUGGCAAUUACUACGAGUUCUUUUAUAAUACUAGAUCGGUUAAGCCCACCAUUCUUCAUUUUCAGCUCAGGAACUUGGUCUGGGCCACUUCGAAGCAUGAUGUAUAUCUUAUGUCUAAUUAUUCAGUCAUGCACUGGUCAUCCAUAUCUGGCAAUUUGUCUGAGGUCAUCGAUUUUGCAGGACAUGUAGCCCCUUCUGAGAAACAUGCUGGAAGUUUGUUAGAAGGUUUCACCCAAACUCCAAUCAGCACUAUAGCAGUCAAAGAUAAUUUUCUUGUUGCUGGGGGCUUCCACGGAGAGCUUACAUGCAAACGAUUGGAUAAACAAGGAGUUAGCUUUUGUACCCGCACUACAUAUGAUGACAAUGCCAUCACGAAUGCUAUUGAGAUAUAUGACAGCAUGAGGGGUGGAAUCCAUUUCAUGUCAUCCAACAAUGAUGGUGGUCUUAGAGAAUAUGACUUGGAGACAUUUCAACUUUUGAAUCACUUUCGUUUCCCUUGGCCAGUGAAUCACACAUCAGUGAGCCCUGACCGGAGGCUAAUAGCAGUUGUUGGAGAUAACUUGGAUGGAUUGUUGGUGGAUUCACAAAGUGGGAAGACUGUAUCCACCGUGGAAGGUCACCUAGAUUAUUCUUUUGCAUCAGCAUGGCACCCAGAUGGACGUGUUUUUGCCACAGGGAAUCAGGAUAAGACUUGCCGAGUGUGGGAUAUAAGAAAGUUGUCGUCGCCUACUGCUAUCCUCAAGGGAAACUUGGGUGCGGUUCGAUCAAUUUGCUAUUCAUCAGAUGGCCAAUUCAUGUAUGUAGCCGAACCUGCAGAUUUUGUGCAUGUUUAUAGUACACAGGAUGAUUACAGGAGACGGCAAGAGAUUGAUUUCUUUGGUGAGAUUUCAGGAGUAGCUCUUAGCCCAGAUGAUGAAUCUUUGUAUAUAGGAAUCUGGGACCGUACUUAUGCGAGCUUGCUACAGUAUAACAGAAGGCAUACGUAUGGAUAUCUCGAUUCCUACUUGUAAUUUGUAUCAAAGUAUCUUCUUCUUCACUGAGCAUCUGCCCAAGCUUGUACCCACCUUUUUGCACUCUUCUCGUUAGGUCUGAUAUGAAAUCAAAGAUGAGGAUAAAAUAAGAUACUCUUGGUUAGAACUUUCUUUAGAGCAUGUAUAGUAACAUUUUGAUCAUUUCAUGUAAUGAAUGCUGUCUUCGUCAACUCCAUUUUUCUUA